AUGUCCCAAUCGGCUUUGACAGUUCGCAAGGGAGGACCUUCUUCUGUGCGCCGCAAGCUCGACUCGGAGGACGAGAUAAUCCGAAUUCCAGCCUGUGAUCUAGACACAGUUGCAGACCGCUUCCGCCUGACACUUACUGGGCGAGUCUUCCAUCUGCAAGGAAGAAGUAUCGAUGGUCUGAUCCACCUUCUCCCGCGCAAUAGGAUCUGGAACGUCGAAGGACGCGUCCGAGGGAUUAACCUUGGCAAUGGGAGAUUCCAGUUUGAUUUCGAUAACGAAGCCGACCUCCUCUCUGUUCUAAGAAAACGCUCGUGUCACUUUAACCAAUGGAGCUUUGCGCUCGAGCGUUGGGAACCUUUCACCAGCGAAUCUUUCCCCAACACAAUUCCCUUCUGGGUUUGUGUCACCGGAGUCCCAGUACACUUCUGGAAUGACCAGACUUUCAUUGAAAUCUCAAAAGUCUUAGGCAAAUGGACUGCCCUCGAUUCGAAAAGGGCAAGGUUCCAAGUCUCUGUCAACGUUGACAAGCCAUUACAGUUCGAACGACGCCUUGAAUUCCCUAAUGGAGACAUUGGACGAGUCUCUUUCUCCUAUGAGGGACUAUUCAGAUACUGCUAUACAUGGCGACCAAGAAGCUCCAACUCUAAUGAUUACCGCAAAGAAGACAAGAGACCUCGACUCUCUUCAGCUCACGAUAGUAGAGCCACCAGGCCAAACCAGAGAGACCAGGGGAACAACCGCGAACCCAGAUCGCCCCCUAAGCCUACUCCAUACGCUGAUACGGCUCCGGCAUCUUCACGUGCUCCCCAACUCGAACAUGGCGGCCCUACUCGUGUUUCCCCCUCUCGGACUAUCUCAGAUUCUCAACGCACUAUCUCCGAUCAACUAGGAGAGCUUGAGCUUGGGGAGGCAAACAGGGGACCCCAACCAACGAGCCCCGCGGCGGAAACAGAGGAGGAGCGACUCAGACGUAUCAAGGGGAAAGCUCAUGUCUCUGAUACCCCGUCUUCCCGAGACCGCGAUCACCGUAACAGGGCCGCUCCACUCAUUAUUCAAGAACCAGUGGAUGCUAAUCAAGCCUCCCCACAGCGCAAAUCCUCUGCACAAGACGUCCCCGCUACAGCGCCAAUGGUCAUAGAGCCAAGAAACCUGGAUACGGAGAUGGACCUUGCUUUGUGGUGUUAA